AUGGAUGUCGCUCCCGGUGCAUUGGCUGGUGCCGUUAUUGGCUCUGUCUUGGGCACGGCUAUUCUAUGCCUCCUGAUCUCCCUCCUCUACUUCCGCCACACACGCAUUCAUCGCAAUGUCAGAGAAUUUGAAGAAACUAAAUCAGGAAUGGACAAGAAUAGACACUCUGCCCGCUAUUCCAAUGAAUCUUCCGGUAUCCCAAUGGGUCAAUAUGCACCACCCCACAAAGCGUCGAGGCAUUCGCAAUUUCCCAACAUCGACCUCGCUCGAUACACCCCAGAACCGGUGGACGAUAACACGGUCUCAACGCGUCUCUUGACGAUAUUUGACCAGGCUAGUCUGCAUAUUGAAAAUUUCUACUCGCCAACUGCCUCGCCGGCCUUGACCUCCACCACUGCCGUCCAAACCGCUCAGUUUCAGUCGCCAUAUUUACCCGGUCCGCUGGAAGCUCUCCUUUCAACUCCCAGGAACCAGCGAGCUGUUCUUACCCACGUUCUUGUCCGGACUCUUCUAUCGGCAACUCAGCCAGGCAGUGGGGAACAGACACUCUUGCCCCCUGCUCUUGCAUCGGCUCCACAACCGCAGGCAUCGUAUUCCAGCCAAGACACAGAUCAAGCCCUUUUCGCUUGGCGCAUGUUGACCAUCCAUCUCUAUGAAAGAGACCCCUCCCCACCACCUCAUGCUGCCAUUGCACGGCUCGCCGAAACCUUUACUUCAGCUUUUGCGCCCUACGGCGACUCGAGCCUCGCUGAAUCCCGACGCAUUGCCCACCUUGCCGAUGUAGCCAAAGCAGCUGCAGACACGGGUGCCUGGCUCUUCAAGCACCCUUGUACAUUCAGCUUUGUCUGGUCGGAUCCUACGGCUAAUGGCGAGAUUGACACGCAUCCGGCUAUUAUCAAGGUCACCGAUGAACAUGGCCGGCGGUUAUCAAGGGGACAGGUCCUUGCUGAACCGACUCAGGGGAAGUUGUAA